AAAAUCGUUAUCUAUCAUUUCCUACUACUUAUCCAUAACUCAGAAUAAAAUAUUCAGCGUAAACCACUCAAUACACAGAUAAACUUUUUUGCAAUUAGUUUAUUUUCACAUAGAAUUCUAAAUGGUUAUUACUUUUAAACUCAUGUUUUAUCAAGAAUGCAGAAAAAUCCUGUUUUUGAAACUUAUCACAUUCAUAAGCACGAAAUCUUUUUUAUGCAGUUGUGAGUGCAAUCGAAUUUCUACAAGGUUUUAGAAGAAUUCCUGAAAUUGCUAACGACCUUGAAGUUAAUUGAAUUAGAAAAGUUUAGCUUUUUCAUGAAACUACCGAUUUCCUGUAUGUAUAAGCACUACUUGGUGAGUUGCUCAAUGUGGUCCAUUUUUAGGAGUUUCAAAUUCAGAGUUUACAUAUUGUAGCUAGUGUUAUUUUCUCCACCUUUCAGGUAUGCCUGACCCAUUCACUGCUGCAGUCGCUGCCGCUGUGACGGGGAACUCAGCAGCUCAAGCUGAAUAUUAUCAAGCUUACCAGCAAUACUACCAACAAUAUUAUGCCUCUCAGUAUGCAGCUCAAUUUUAUUCUGGUGAAACAUCCACUAGUGGUGAUCUAGCGAAUUCUGGGAUAACGUCAAUCUCAGGUGGUGGUACACUUGUUGGUGAUGCUACAGUUCAACAACAUGCAUUUGUUGAUGCUGCUGCUUCACAUUUAUACGCCAGAGCACUUCAACAAGGCACUGGUUCUCAGGAGUAUGCUCCAGAGCCUCAUGUCUUAUCAUCCGCUUAUGAUCGUCCGAGACAUGUAGAUGAUCUUGAUGAAAUAUUUAAUUUCUUGGAAGCAUCACGAUGGCAUGUAACUGAUCCAUCGCUGGGAUUGUAUAUUAAAAUAAACCUUGAUAACCUCAUAAAAGGCGAUUCGUAUUGUAUACUGUUUUUAUAG